AUGACGGGCAUUGUGUACGGUCCUCCCAUGGGUUGGAACCAGGGAUAUGGAGACAGGAACUGUUGGACUGUGGGAGGCAGCAAGACCAAAAAGAAGGGAAAAGGCAAGAGUGGAGAGAAGAAACCAACCACAAAGAGAGCAGUGAACAAGGCGGCAUCUUCUGGCAGCUCAGCAGAAGACAGCUCUGGAGAUAGUUCUGCUCCAGAGGAAGGGGAAGUUUCCGAUUCAGAAAGGAGUAGCUCAUCUUCAAGCUCCGAGUCUUCAUCCUCAUCAGAAGAGGAAGAGUUCCAUGAUGGCUAUGAUGAUGACCUCAUGGGUGAUGAGGAGGACAGAGCAAGGUUGGAACAAAUGACUGAGAAGGAACGAGAGCAAGAACUCUACAACCGGAUAGAAAAGCGAGAAGUGCUAAGGCGGAGAUUUGAAAUUGAAAAGAAGCUGAAAGCAGCAAAGAAAAAGGAAAAGAAAGAGAAAAAGAAGAAAAUGGAGGAAGAGCGUGAGAAGAAGAUGCAGCAGAUUCAGGAGUUGCCGGUGAUGUCUCACAACAAAGAGCGGAGGUCAAGGAGGGAUGAGAAACAGGACAAGAAAUCUCAGGCAAUGGAGGAGUUGAAAGCUGAAAGAGAGAAGAAGAAAAACAAAACAGCUGAAUUAUUGGCCAGGAAACAGCCUCUAAAAGCCAGUGAGGUUUAUUCUGACGAUGAAGAAGAGGAAGAGGAGGAGCAGUCCAGUGUGAAGAGCGAUCGGUCGUCUCGGACUUCGUCUUCUGAUGAAGAGGAAGAAAAAGAGGAAGUUCCAGCCAAGUCACUUCCUGUCACUUUGCCAGAGGAACUCAACAAAAUCAGGCUUUCACGGUAUAAACUGGAACGAUGGUGUCACAUGCCCUUCUUUUCCAAAACAGCGGUCGGGUGCUUUGUCCGCAUUGGCAUUGGAAACAGCAAUGGGAAGCCAGUGUACAGGGUUGCAGAGAUCACUGGUGUUGUAGAAACUGGAAAGGUUUAUCAGCUGGGCAGUUCAAGGACAAACAAAGGCCUACAGUUACGUCAUGGCUCAGAUGAACGGGUGUUUCGACUUGAGUUUGUGUCAAACCAGGAGUUCACAGAAACUGAGUUCAUGAAAUGGAGAGAAACGAUAAUGAUGGGAGGAAUGCAGUUACCAACCAUGGAUGAAGUUAACAAGAAGGAGCAGCAGAUCAAACAGGCACUGGAGUAUAAAUUCAAUGAUCGUGACAUUGAAGAGAUUGUGAAGGAGAAGGAUCGAUUCAGGAAAGCGCCUUCCAAUUAUGCCAUGAAAAAGACUCAGCUCAUGAAAGAAAAGGCGAUGGCAGAAGAAGCAGGUGAGCCAGAGAAAGCACGGCAAAUCCAGGAACAGCUGAAUGAACUGGAAGAACGGGCAGAGGCCCUUGACAGACUUCGCACAAAAAACAUCUCUGCCAUCAGCUACAUAAACCAGAGGAACAGAGAAUGGAACAUUGUGGAGUCUGAGAAGGCUUUACUGGCUGAGGUCCAGAAUGAGAGGACCAAGCAGAUGGACCCCUUCACCAGGCGCCAAUGUCAACCCACCAUCGUCUCCAACUCUCGGGACCCUGCAGUCCAGGCUGCCAUCAUUGCUCAUCUGAAUGCCAAGUAUGGAUCUGGGUCCCAGACAGAGCUGCCCCUGGAACUAAACAAACCGCAGGACCAGGGUAGCAGUAAAAAGGAGGACAGCAAUAAUAAAACUAAUUCUGACCUCUCUGAGGACCUCUUCAAGGCCCAUGACUUUGAUAUCAAGAUAGAUCUGCAAGUGCCCAAUGCAGAAUCCAAGUCAUUGUCAGUGAGCUCAAAAACUCCAUCUGUCAAAGACGGAACCCCAAGGCGAUCCCUAAACCUGGAGGACUACAAAAAGCGUCGGGGGCUGAUCUGAAGGGUACCACACUGCUGCUGCAGUUCUUUGCAUGUGUCUCACUGGCAGUGGCUGAGUGCAGCAAGCGGACAUUAAAGGACUGAGUCCGGCCGUCUGUCUCUAUUCAGGCAGGGUGGCUGUUGUAUAAAAAAACAAUGCCUGGUGAUUUUUUUUUUCCCUUUAGUAAAAAUAACUUGAGUGCUGCUUUCUGUCAUUCUUUAGUGCUUGGCUGCAAAGUGAUCCCACUCAGUAAACCUGCAGUCUUUUUUUUAAUCUUAACUGGGGAUUGAGACAAAUUCAUUUGAGGGGACAGUUUGAUUUGUGCAUUGAGUGAGCUCGCUUUGAUGUAGGGCUCUUCCAUGAGAACAUCUUGUAUACAGGAAACACUUUUCUACGGCUGUGAUUUGUACAUGUACACAGUAGUUUAAAUGGAUAGCAGAAACAAACAUCCAGUGCCAGCACUGUUAAUGAACAAAGUGCAGGCUGACCACAUCACACCGUUCUGGCUGUUAGGGUUAGUUUGUUCUGGCCUGUUGGCUACUGAAAAUGGUGAGUAAUUUGUUUUCCUUGUAAUUUGUGACAGAUUCCCUGUCUCCUGGGAAAGCACCCGACCAUAUAAGUUGCCUGGAAGUUUUCUUUGAGAAUUCACCAAGAUAGGUCUCACUCCAUUUGGUAAAUAAGGUUUUGAUCACACAGCAUCUGAGGCUCCAGGCUGCAGUCACUGGGACAACUUCUGGCAAAUUGAGAGGACUGGGUUGAACAAGUCUUGUGUUUUAGUACUGUAUGUACAAUCACUGUAUGAUUGGAGUUGACUGCCCUUCUUAUGCCUCACUAAUUCAGACAAUGACAUCUCAAUAUCCAUGGUACAUUUUUGCUUGAUCCAUGGAGUGAUAAGCCAGAGAGUGUAUUUUUUGUACCAAAGGUCUAAAAAGAGCUCCCAAAGGUUCACAGAGCUGUCUAAGUACUGAUCACUCUAGCCCUGUACAUAUCUCGUGUAAUCAAAGCACCUCGAGCAUUAACCCUUUCACUGUACCUGGCUGCUUAAACCAGAAAGGAGUUUCAUUCACUCUGUCUCUUAAAGAAAACCAAAAGCAAAAAGUUUUUUUUUAAACUUAUCAGCAUCUGAAAGAGAAACCCAGCAGCGUGUUUCCAAAUGGAGUGAGCAUGGUCAUGUCCUGCCAGAAUCUUUAUUGCCUUUUCUCCAAAUUAUCCACCAUUUCCAUCAGCACUUUCUAUGUUUAAUUCUACAGCAAACUUCAUCUUUGUGUUUAAAUCCCACCAGACUGGAGCUGCGUUGUGCCAUGUUUACCCAGCCCAAGUGCUGGUUAAAUGGUUGGUUUAUGUAAUGGUUGGGGCUGGAUGAAGUAAGCUUGGGCAUUCCUGGAUUAAACCAGCAAGGCCUACUGCUUUAAUUUCAGUUCAGGGUGAAGCGUGAUCGCUUCAAUGUUUGCAGGCCAAUUGUGUUGUGAAUGUGCUCCGUCAAUUUAACAAACGGCAAGAUUUGAAACUGAAAACAGUGUACUCUUGUAGUACUGUAUUCCUGCCACUACAUGGUAGUGUUGUAAUAAAGUGCUAAUCCAC